AUGUUUUCUAACGUUGCCAUUGUCAUCGAUGGCCGCGGCCAUCUGCUCGGUCGCUUGGCCGCAGUCAUCGCUAAGGUCCUUUUGGAAGGAAAUAAAGUGGUUGUCGUGAGGUGUGAACAACUCAACAUCUCAGGAAACUUCUUCAGGAACAAGUUGAAGUUUAUGUCAUUUUUACGCAAACGCUGCAAUGUGAACCCAGCCCGUGGGCCAUUCCACUUCAGAGCACCUUCAAAGGUUCUGUGGAAAACAGUGCGAGGUAUGAUCCCACACAAGACUGAGCGCGGGAAGGACGCGUUGAGACGGUUACGUGUGUACGAUGGUUGCCCACCACCAUAUGACAACCGUCGUCGUGUUGUCGUGCCAGCGGCUUUACGUGUGUUCUGUCUGAAACCUGGACGCAAGUACUGUCACGUCGGUCGUUUGUCUCACGAAGUCGGAUGGAAGUACCGUGACGUUGUUCGUAAGCUUGAAGACAAGAGAAAGUUCAAGACCAUACAUAAAGUAGCUUAUGAGAAUAAACUCAAGAAAAUCACCAAGGAGGCUGGUGAGAAGGUUGCAAAAACAACUGCACCAUUCACCGCCAUCAUGCAAUCCUAUGGAUACAAUUAG